AUGGCAAGUGUCAUUGCGGGCGGCCUAAGCAAGGCCCAAGAGGCAGUCCAGAAAGCCACGUCCAAGGACAAGAAAUUCGUAGAGCUGGAGAAUGACACCACUAGCGUGAACAAAAACCAGCCUUUGACUACCGAUCAUGGCGUGAAGAUCAGCAACACCGAUCAAUGGCUUCGACCUGCCAAUGAGGACCACACAGGUCCGUCGCUCCUGGAAGACCAGAUCGCACGAGAGAAGAUUCAUCGCUUUGAUCAUGAGCGUAUUCCCGAAAGAGUGGUACACGCUCGUGGAACCGCCGCCUUUGGAAACUUCCGGUUGUUUGAGAGCGCUGAAGAUGUGUCUCACGCUGGAAUUCUGACGGACACCUCAAGGAACACCCCGGUGUUUCUGCGGUUUUCCACAGUCCAAGGUAGCAAAGGAAGUGCCGACACGGUACGUGAUGUGAGAGGAUUCGCCGUCAAAUUUUACACCGAGGAAGGUAACUGGGAUAUCGUUGGCAACAACAUCCCGGUUUUCUUCAUCCAGGACGCAGUCAAAUUCCCUGAUUUCGUCCAUGCGGUUAAGCCGGAACCACACAAUGAAGUGCCACAGGGUCAGACGGCUCAUAACAACUUCUGGGAUUUCGUGUAUCUGCAUCCCGAGGCCACACACAUGUACAUGUGGGCCAUGUCUGACAGGGCUAUUCCGCGUUCAUACCGCAUGAUGCAGGGAUUCGGAGUCAACACCUACUCGCUCAUCAAUAAGGAGGGCAAGCGACAUUUCGUCAAAUUCCACUUUAUCCCUCAUCUCGGCGUGCACUCGUUUGUGUGGGACGAGGCUUUGAAACUGGCUGGACAGGACCCGGAUUUUCACCGCAAAGACUUGAUGGAGGCUAUCGACAACAAAGCCUAUCCUAAGUGGGAUUUCGCCAUCCAGGUCAUCCCUGAGGAGAAACAAGACGAUUUCGAAUUCGACAUUUUGGAUGCCACCAAGAUCUGGCCCGAAGAACUCGUUCCCUUGCGUGUGAUUGGCGAGCUCGAGCUCAACCGCAAUGUCGAUGAAUUCUUCCCUCAAACUGAGCAGGUGGCCUUCUGCACCAGUCACGUCGUCCCAGGAAUUGAUUUCUCCGAUGACCCCCUGCUGCAGGGCCGCAAUUUCUCCUAUUUUGAUACCCAGAUUAGCCGGCUUGGAAUUAACUGGGAGGAGAUCCCUAUCAACCGGCCUGUAUGCCCUGUCAUGAAUCACAAUCGCGAUGGCCAAAAGCGCCAUCGCAUCACUCAGGGCACCGUCAACUACUGGCCCAACCGCUUCGAAGCUGCGGCUCCUGUACCCCCUGAGAAGGGCGGAUUCGAGUCGUAUCCUGAAAAGAUCGGUGGUCCCAAGAAGCGUGCCUUGAGUGCUAAAUUCCGUGAGCACCAUAACCAGGCACAGCUUUUCUAUAACUCUAUGUCCCCACACGAAAAAGAGCACAUGAAGAAGGCAUUCUGUUUUGAGCUGGACCAUUGCGAUGAUCCCACUGUUUAUAACCGACUGGCUGGCCACCGGCUGGCUGAAAUCGAUCUGAAUCUCGCCCAGCAAGUUGCAGAGAUCGUGGGCGCUCCAGUGCCUGAGAAGGCGUACCGCCAAAACCACGGCAAGCGAUCCAAGAAUCUCUCCCAGACCGAACUCCCGGCCAAGAAGCCGACCAUUGCCAGUCGCCGCAUCGCCAUCAUUAUUGGUGAUGGAUAUGACCCCGUGGCAUUCAAUGGAAUCAAAGCGGCCGUGACUGCCGCCGGGGCUCUGCCUUUUGUCAUCGGCACGAAGCGAUCACCCAUCUAUGCCGAUGGCGAGACCAAGGACACUGCAAAGGGUAUCAUCGCCGACCAUCAGUAUGAUGGCCAGCGCUCCACGAUGUUUGAUGCCACAUUCAUUCCUGGUGGGCCUCACAUCUCCGUGCUGAAAGCCAACGGACAGAUUCGCUACUGGAUCACGGAAACCUUCGGUCAUCUCAAGGCGCUCGGUGGCACGGGCGAAGCUGCGAACUUUAUCAAGCAGACAUUAGCAAAUGCGCUUGAUGUCAAGGUGGCCACCUCGGCGGAACCGGUUAACUGGUAUGGAGUGGUAACGGCUGGGUCACCCCAGAAGCCAGAAAGCUUCCGUGAAGGUGUUCAGAUCGCGAAGGAUGCGAAGGACUUCUUCGGCAAAUUUUUCUAUGAGAUUUCUCAACAUCGAAACUACCAGCGUGAGCUGGACGGUCUCAGUGCAACGGUGCCUUUCUAG